GGAAGCGCGCUGGGCUGAGGGCGGCGGUGCGAGCGGCGCGAUGCGGGGCGGCCGCCGCCUCUUCCCGCUGCUGCUCCUGGCGCUGCUGCCGGGCCUUUGUCGCGGCGGGGAGCCGGCACCGGGCGCUGUGACGUGCGGCUCGGUGCUGAAGCUGCUCAACACCCGCCACAGCGUGCGGCUGCACUCGCACGAGGUCAAGUACGGCUCCGGAAGCGGGCAGCAGUCAGUGACAGGAGUUGAAGCUUCAGAUGAUGCCAACAGUUACUGGAGGAUUCGUGGGAAGAGUGAUGGCAGUUGCCAGCGUGGAACACCAGUGAAAUGUGGGCAAGCUAUCCGACUUACCCACGUGAACACAGGAAAAAAUUUACACACUCACCACUUCCCAUCACCGCUCUCCAAUAAUCAAGAAGUAAGUGCCUUUGGUGAUGAUGGCGAAGGAGAUGACCUGGAUAUAUGGAUCGUGCAAUGCAGUGGGACUUACUGGGAGCGGGAGGACGCGGUGCGCUUCAAGCACGUGGGAACUGAGGUGUUCCUUUCAAUAACAGGGGAACAGUAUGGCCACCCCAUUAGAGGCCAACGGGAAGUUCAUGGCAUGCCUACUGCUAACCAUCACAACUAUUGGAAAGCAAUGGAGGGGAUCUUCAUCAAACCCAGUAUGGACCCUGCAAAACAUGAUGAGCUCUGAAUUGACAAAGAACCCAAAAUGCUUCAGCUUGCUCCGAUGUUUGGAGGUGCUUGUCCGUGGUCUCUUAUAAGUCCUGCCUUGCCUAAGUGACUGACUUUCUGUAUUACUGAAGGGCAUUAGUUCAUUCUAGGAAUGCAGCACUUCUGUGGGGAAUGACAUCUGCCAGGUUCAGCUAUUGGAAUUCAUUUGACAAAUUCCUUUCUGAAUUUUCAAGUUCAAUUGGUGAAACUAGUUCAUACAUCUCUUAGUUCUGGCUGUGAUUUGUUUUGCUUGUUACAUUUUCUCAAAUUCAAAAGAAAUGGAAAAAUGGAAGUAGUACAUUUCUGUAACCCCCAGUACCAUACAACUUUGUAUUUUAUAAUCACGUUCCAAUUAUAAUUAAAUAUUUGGAAACUGAUUCCUAGUUCUUAGGAACAGAAAGUUAAUAAUGAGUAAGUCUAGAAAGGGAAAAACAGUUCUCAAAUAUGUUGGCUUUUGAAUGGCUUGAAGUCAGCUCUUUGACCUUCCAGAAAACAUUUGAAAAUUGUUUCCAGUGACUGUUAUGAGUUUCAUUGGAAGAGCUGAAAAUACUGUAUGUUGGAGUAAGAAGGCAAAAGUUUUAAUUUAUUCACUUUCUCCAAGAAGUUCAGAAUUUCUGGUAAUGGUGAUACUGCUGAUUGUGAAAUGGUUAAGACUGCUCUGCUCUGUGAACUCAUGCAGAAAGCUACUUUUUUUUAUUAAUAUUAGAAUUUUAUAAAAUUCCAUGUAGUGUGAAGGAACAGUUGAAUUUGAUUUAUGUUAUACUUGCAUGUUACUCUGCAGGAUCAGUAUGAGGAUCCAGAUGAAUAAAUGGUGGGGUGUAUAGCCAUGUGAGGUUUUUUGUGUAAAUCCAGAAGAGAAAAAAGGAUCUUAGACAGUGUUUUGGUCCUGGAUUUUUGAUAGAAUGGUAUGCUCUCGAGUGCUUGCAAGGAACCUUCACUGAACGAGUUAUUAGUUUCCGUGUUCCUCCCCCUCUGUGAAGAGAAUAAAACUAAUUCUUGAAUGUGUUUGUUACAUGGUGUUACUGGAAAUACCAAUUAAAGUUCAAAGUACCAUA